AUGAUCACCUUCGUCUACAUCAUCUUUGUCUACAUCACCACGAUCCUCUUUGUCUACAUCAUCGCCAUGAUCAUUUUCGUCUACAUCAUCAUGAUCCUCUUUGUCUACAUCAUCGUCAUGAUCACCUUCGUCUACAUCAUCAUCUUUGUCUACAUCAUCAUCAUGAUUACCUUCGCCUGCAUCAUCGCAAUGAUCAACUUCGUCUACAUCAUCUUUGUCUACAUCAUCAUCAUGAUUACCUUCGCCUGCAUCAUCACAAUGAUCAACUUCGUCUACAUCAUCUUUGACUACGUUAUCAUCGCCAUCAUCUUCGCCUCUGUCACAUUCGUCUGUAUCAUCAUCGUCUUCAUCAUCUUCGCCUACGUCAUCAGCACGAUCCUCUUUGUCUACAUCAUCUUUGUCGACGUUGUCAUCAUCAUGAUCCUCUUCGUCUCUGGGUACACAAUUAUUGCACGGAGUGGUGGCGAUGAGGAUAACAACAAUGUCUCGUGGCUUCAGCACGACGAUCUACCCUACGUGAUGCCAACAAUAAGAGCAACACGACCCUGA